UGGAAGGAAGCUGGAGGUCUAGGGAAGCAAUUCCACCCCUUUGCUCUCCUCAGCCCUGCAGGGUGGUGAGUAGUUAACACCCUUCCUGACCUCUCCUUGUUUUGCGUCCCAGACUCUUAAGCGAUUGAGAAGAGCCCCGGGAGUUCUCCAAUCCUCAGCCUCAAUAGCAGAAGGAAAGUGCAUCCUCACCACCCUACUUCUGCAAUAAUAUCCCAGUGCCAGCCUCUCCUCUGUGAUCCUUCAGGAUCAGAAUCAAAUCCCAUUGGCAGCCCAGGCGUGCAUGGAUGAGAGGGUGGGUGGAACAAUCCCCAUGUGAGUCUGAGGCGAGUAGCAAGUGGAUACCAAGAUAUGAGGAGAAGGGCAAGGCGCCUGCCUGCUUCCUCCGUGUAGGGCUGUAUUCAGCUAUCCCCAACAAUUCCAUCUCAGCAUGAAGCCGAGACUUCAAAAUCUCGCAGAGGCUGACUAGGUGACUCUCUGUGCUUACUUGAAACUUCUAAAUGUCUGUUCCCUUUCUUCCUCGGGGAUUGCAUUUAGCCCACAGUGUUUGGGCUCCGACUCGCAGGAGUUUAGGGAGCAAUGAGUACAGUGGCCCUGGGGGCUGCCUGCAGCCAACGACCACCCCUGUGCCUAGGAAGGACCUCUGGGGCUGAAUGAAGCUAGAGGUCUAGGUUCUCCUCAGCCCUGCAGGGUGGUAAGCAGUUGUUCAGAGACCCUAAGGUGACUCAUCCGCUUCUCUUCAUUCCUCUCCUCACGUUAUUAACCCUACCCUGUCUGGUUCAACAGGGUUUAGUAUUGAAUCUCAACUGCAGAUGAGGGGAGUUGCUUUUUAGUUGGAACAAGUCACUUUUCAAGAGAAAUGGAAGUACAGAGUCCCCAAGGUUUGUGGUUCCUGCUCUCUGUUCUCUUCCAGAUUCACCAACUCCUGCCGGAUAGCUAUGGAUGGAUGAAAGGAGAUUACUCUAACCUUCCACUCUGUGACCAUGGAGAAAGCCUCCUUGCCUCUGACUUUAACAUCUUACCCAAGGCCCUUUAAUCAACAACUCCCAGAGCCUCCAGACCCAAGAUGCAUCUUGGAACCCCAGGACAGCCUCGCCCUGGCCCCUGCCCUUGUGUGUGCCCUUUGCUGCUGCUUUGGAAUCAUCUACUGCUGCCUCGGCUACCGCUGCUUCAAGGCAGUGAUGUUUCUCUCCGGUCUGCUGUCAGGCGCUCUAGUGAUCUUCCUGCUGUGCCAUAAGGAGCGAGUGCUGGAGACACAGUUGAGCCUGGAGGUGAGCGCAGGCAUCGCCCUGGGCAUUGGACUCCUCUGUGGCCUGGUCACCAUGCUGGUCCGCAGUGUUGGGCUCUUUCUGACCGGUCUCCUGCUAGGUCUGACCCUGGGUGCUGGAACCUUACUGGGCACUGAACCCAUCUACCAGCCACAUUCAGCCUGGGUGCCAGUCGGAGGACUGAUGGGGCUGGCACUGCUGGGAGCCCUGCUCACACUUCGGUGGCCACGUCCGUUCACAGUCCUGGGCACAGCACUGCUAGGUGCUGCGGUACUGGUGGCCUGUGCUGACUACUUCUUGGAAGGACUGGCCCUAGGCACUCGGCUGGGUAAACGCCUGCAGGCACUUCCAGAGCUGCCUCCUCUUUGCUGGUAUAGCUGGGUCUUGCUGGGAACCUGGCCAGUCUUGGGGGCUCUUGGGACGCUGGCCCAGUGGAAACUCAUGGCUGAGGAGCGUGGGAGCCACACCAAUGUGAUCUUGAGCCACCAGCAAAGGCACCUCCAGCUCCUUCGGCUCCAUCAGCAAGAGGCGAAGAGGCACCGGACCCCUUCUGGGACAGGACUGUGUGGAGGCAGAUGUCGGAAUCAGCUUCCCCCCAACAUCCGGAGCCCUGCUCACAGGCCAGCUCCAAGUUAUCAGCAGAGUCUCCGUGAGCUUGAGCUGGUACCAAGCCCCCAGGCCACAGGCCCCCACACCGUCCUGGACCUUGAUUCUGACUGCAGCUCCACCGUCCUCCUUACCACACCUCACUGAGCCUACCCUCCAGUGACACUGACACCCUGAUGAGGGUAGGAGAUUGCCAAGUGGAUACACAGGGCCUGAGCCCUUAGGACCCAUACAGAUUUUCCUACCUCUUGGACUUAGGGAUAGGUUCUGUGCCCAGAGCAGCCCUUUUGGAGACAGACAGAGGAAAUUCUCGUAAAGAUGGGGGAAGACUGAAAGGUACAAGCACCUACCUCCGUCCAGUAACAGAGGUGCCAUGGUCCCUAGAGACACUGACUCCAAACCUAGGAGGUGUGCCCAGAACAGCUUGUCAUCACUUUCUCUAAUGCUGAGGUGUAACCCAGAGUGAUGCCCAGAGUAGACAAGUGUUCUACCACUGAACUACAACCCAGUCUCAAAGACUUGUUUUGUUUUCGUUUGGGUUUUGGGGUUUUGGUUUGGUUUUUGGUUUUGGUUUUUUGUUUGUUUGUUUGUUUUGUUUGGUUUGGUUGAGGUUUUGCUGUUUCAUGGCAGGACUUCUUUGUGUAACCUGGCUGUCCUACAACUCACUCUGUAGACCAGGCUGGCCUUGAACUCACAGGAAUCUGCCUAUCUGUGCCUCCCCAGUGCUGGUCACCACAUGCACCACCACACCCAGUGAUAGGCUUUUUGGCAGGAAGAAUGACACAGAAAUGCUCCAAGAUCUCCCAGUCCCCAGGCUCCUUACUGGGGGUAACUGGGCUUCUGGUUGGCCUUUCUUCCUGGACCCUAUACUCUUGAAUCCUGCUACCUCGGUGGGAAGCUCCGUCUUCCAUGGUGCUCCCCCCUCUCCUCAGUGGAGGAAGACCGCAGCAUCUGCCUCAGCUACCCUCUCUCCAAAAGCUGGCUCCUUGUCCUUUUUCUCAGAGGAGUCUGGUCUUAGGGCUGCACGGUAGUCAAGUGCCUUCUGUCUCUCAAAGUAGCUUUGCUCCUAAACCAGAAUUCGGGUCCAGCCACUGACCAUUCUAACUCUCCCUCCUCUGACUCUCCUGACUGAAGUCUAUGUCCUGGUUUCCCAGACAUAUUACAGAAAACAUAUCUUUCCCCUGGGCAGCAGAUCUGUAAUGACAGGGAAGAAGAACAAGGGAAUUCGGGAAUAAAAUGUCAUUGAAAAUUCAA